AUGAGGUUCGGCCUGCUCCUAUCCGCGAGCCUGGCCUCGGCCACAUUCCGUCGUGGGAACGGCAUUAUAGCUCCCGACGGAGAUGACGACGAAGACGAUCUCGAGCUCGCCACGUUGACGGGUGGCAGUCUGCACCGCAAGCCCAAGACAGACAACCAGACGACGACGGGCUGGGGCACGUUCGAACAGCUCAUCGACCACGCCAACCCGGGCCUGGGCACCUUCAGCCAGCGGUACUGGUACGGCACCGAGCACUGGAGGGGGCCCGGGUCGCCCAUCUUCAUGAUGAACCCAGGCGAGCAGUCGGCCGAGGGGUUCAACAAGUCGUUCGUCGGCGACCAGCGGCUGCCCAUGCUCUUCGCCAAGGAGACGGGCGGCGCCGUCGUCAUCAUGGAGCACCGGUACUGGGGCGGGUCGUCGCCCUAUGAGAACCUGACGGCCGAGAACCUCCAGUACCUCACCCUGCAGAACAGCCUGCUGGACAACACCUACUUUGCGCAGAACCUCGUCCCGCCCUUCGACCCCAGCGGCCGCAGCUCCCCCGACAAGGCGCCCUGGAUCUUCUCGGGCGGGUCCUAUCCCGGCGCUCUGGCCGGCUGGCUCGCCGCCCUGGAGCCGGGCACCUUCUGGGCCUACCACGGCACCAGCGGCGUCGUCGAGGCCGUCGGGGACUUUUGGCAGUACUUCACCCCCGUGCUGGAGGCGACGCCGGAGAACUGCACUGCCGACGUCACGGCCGUGAUUGACCACAUCGACCACCUUCUCCUGCACGGCAGCGAGACGGACAAGGAGUCGCUCAAGAAGAAGUUCAAGCUCCAAGAGCUCGAGGAUGCUGAUUUUGCUGCCGCUCUGGAGAAUGGCCCUUGGUCGUGGCAGUCGGGCCAGUACUAUACCGGGACUGAGAGGCAGAACCCUUACUACCAGUUCUGCGAUUACGUCGAGAAUGCGUGGCCCAACUCUACAGAGGUCCCCGGCCCGGAGGGCGUUGGUCUGCACAAGGCCCUGGAUGGUUAUGCCCGAUGGGUCAAGGAGCUGCUCCUCCCUGGAUAUUGUGAAUCAUAUGGCUACGAUGACUGGAAGGGCGAGUACAACACGGGGUGUUUUGCCAACUCGAACGCCUCCAGCAUCGCCUACCACGACCUAUCGGUGGACAACUACGUCAACAGGCAGUGGAACUGGCUUCUAUGCAACGAACCUUUCAAGUUCUGGCAGGAUGGCGCCCCCGAGAACCGCCCUUCCCUGGUCUCCCGCCUCGUCGACGUGGACUACUGGGAGGCCCAGUGCGCCCUCUUCUUUCCCGAAGGAGGCUACGGCAUCGCCAAGGGCAAGACGGUGGAAGAUGUCAACAGCUGGACGGGUGGCUGGUCCGUCGAGAACACGACGCGUCUCCUCUACGCCAACGGCCAAUUCGACCCAUGGCGCGACGCCACCGUGAGCUCCAAGGACCGUCCCGGUGGUCCCCUCGAGAGCACGCCCGAGCUCCCCGUCUUUGUCCUCCCCGGCGGGACGCACUGCUCCGACUACUAUAAGAAGAACUGGGAGGUCAACGUCGAUGCAAGGCGUAUCGCAUACGAGGAGACGGCCAUCAUCAAGCUCUGGACCGACCAGUUUUACCUGGAGAAUCCGCACCACGGCAAGGGGAAAUGGUAA